GUAUCGUCCACAGAAUGGCCCUUAGCGAUUGAUGAAUUCCACAUAAUCCCAAGCAAACGAAGGAGUGCCACUCAUCCCACGUCACUCCCCCACACCAUUUCCCAAGACCCCUCCCUAACGUCCUCAAACUGCCAACACAGAUACCAAGGCUGCAGAAAAAGAGCCAAAAAGCAGUAAAAGAGAUGCUGAGCACAGCAGGCCCAGCGGCUUCUCAUUCACUCAUUGUUGCAUCCAAACCCUUUGCCAAUUUGAACCACAACAUACCCCGAUUCUUGGGUUUCAGGCAGUUUUCCCCAGAUUGUUCCUGUUCUGGGUCUGUGAGUUUUGGAUGGAAUAGUGGCAGCAAGAGGAAGUUUAACAGGUCUAGAAUGGAGGGUUUUGCUGUUCGUGCUUCGGCUCAGCCACUCAAGAACGCCGAUGAACUCAUUGAUUCUGUUGAGACCUUCAUUUUCGAUUGCGAUGGGGUUAUAUGGAAAGGAGACAAACUUAUAGAUGGAGUUCCAGAAACCCUUGAUAUGCUUCGAUCAAAGGGAAAGCGAUUAGUUUUUGUUACCAACAAUUCAACAAAGUCCAGGAAGCAGUAUGGCAAAAAGUUUGAGACACUUGGUCUCAAUGUUACUGAAGAAGAAAUUUUCGCAUCAUCUUUUGCUGCUGCUGCGUAUUUGAAGUCCAUUGAUUUCCCAAAAGAAAAGAAGAUUUAUGUGAUUGGUGAGGAGGGCAUCUUGAAAGAACUUGAACUCGCUGGAUAUCAGUACCUUGGCGGACCGGAUGAUGGUGGGAAGAAGAUAGAACUGAAGCCAGGCUUUCUGAUGGAGCAUGAUGAGGAUGUGGGAGCUGUUGUCGUUGGAUUUGAUCGAUACUUUAACUACUACAAAGUUCAGUAUGGAACACUCUGCAUACGGGAGAACCCUGGUUGCCUCUUCAUUGCAACUAAUCGUGAUGCUGUCACUCACCUGACCGAUGCGCAAGAGUGGGCAGGUGGGGGUUCAAUGGUUGGUGCUCUUUGUGGAUCGACUCAACGUGAGCCAUUGGUCGUGGGGAAGCCCUCAACUUUCAUGAUGGACUACUUAGCAAACAAGUUUGGGAUUCAGAAGUCACAAAUAUGUAUGGUUGGAGAUAGAUUAGAUACUGAUAUUCUGUUUGGACAGAAUGGUGGCUGCAAGACUCUUCUUGUUUUGUCAGGUGUUACAAGCUUAUCAACCCUUCAAAGUCCCAAGAACACUAUACAACCAGAUUUCUACACCAACAAGAUUUCAGAUUUCCUGUCACUCAAAGCUGCCACUGUAUGAUCACUCAGCAUGUCUUUCUAUUUUUUCCCCUCUGUUCUUGAAAA